CUGCGGGGGCCCCGGACUACAAUCCCACAACCCUCCGCGCGCCCCGCGAAGGCCGUGGCCUCUAGAGAGCCUGAGAAGGCGGCGGCUGCUUCGGCAGCUGCAGGCCGGCGCGGGGGAAGCGGAGCGGCGAUGGUGCCCUCGCCGCGUGCGCCUGCACCCUGACGGCGAGCUGGUGGCCACAGUUUUACAUCAUUUGGUGGGAGGGACUCAUGGACUUGGCACAGCUUGCUUCCUGACAGAUCCAGUAGUACGUUUUUCCUUCUCCUAGAAGUUGCUAAGGUUUCUCUUGAUUUGAACAUACCAUUGUUGCAGAAAGCCUCUUCUGUGGGCAGGCAUGGGCUGCCGGGAUGUUCAUGCAGCAACGGUACUGGCCUUCCUCAGUGGAACAGCCUCAGUAGCUGGACUUCUUGCAGCCGUUCUGCUUCCAAACUGGAGGCAGAUGAGACUGUACACGUUCAACAAGAAUGAGAAGAAUGUGACUGUUUACACUGGACUCUGGAUUAAGUGUGCUCGCUUUGAUGGGAGCAGAGACUGUGUGAUUUAUGACCCACAGUGGUACACGGCUGUUGAUCAGCUGGAUUUGCGUGUUCUUCAGUUUGCCCUGCCCCUGAGUAUGUUAACUGCUGUCUCUGCUCUGCUUCUCUGCUUGAUUGGCAUGUGUAACACAGCCUUUGUAUCAAGCGUGCCAAACAUCAAAUUAGCAAAAUGCCUUGUAAACAGUGCAGGCUGCCACCUCGUGGCUGGCCUCUUCUUCCUGCUCGCAUGUGCCAUUUGUCUCACUCCGUCAAUCUGGGUCAUUUUUUAUAACAAUUAUCUCAACAGAAAAUAUGAGCCUGUUUUUAGCUUUGACAUCUCUGUAUUUAUUGCCAUUGCCAGUGCUGGUGGUCUGUUUUUCACUUCCGUUAUGUUAUUUCUGUGGUAUUGUGCGUGUAAAAGCCUACCUUCCCCUUUCUGGCAGCCCCUCUAUUCCCAUGCCCCCAGCAUGCACAGCUAUGCCUCCCAGCCGUAUUCUGCACGCUCUCGCCUCUCUGCCAUAGAAAUCGACAUUCCUGUUGUGACACACACAUCUUAAGAAGACAAAGUCCUGGAAGCUGAGUUCUUGUGCUCAUUCAAACCAUGAAAGUUGCAGGCUUGAUUCUCUCUACUGCCUUGCACUGGGCUUAAUCUUUUCUAAGGUCAGAUUGCUGAAGGUGCAAAGCAAUGGAGAACUGAGUUCAUUAAGUCCUUUGCUUUUUUCGUAUGUUCUUUCCUGACCAACUUUUUUUUUCCCUUCGGGCUCACUACAGACAAAAUGCUGCUAAUGCUGUGACAGUACACUAACAAUAGUAUUCUUUCAUGCAGGUUGUUUUGCAUGUCUGUUAUUCUUUCUGCUUAUUAAGAUCAAAGUGGGUUUGAACCUCUUUGCUACUUUGAUAAGCUAUUAUUAGAUCUUGAUCCCAUUAUAGGAACUGCAGACACAGACCCUUGCACUCAUGUAUUAUCCAUAUCCUGUGGAGCUGGGUGUAGGGGGUUUACUGAGUUUCUUAUUACAGAUGAGAAAGUAACACUAGAUUAGUGUAAAGUGUAUGAUCAUUUAGCUGGAGCAGAAAGGAGAUUAAGAAAUGGGUUACAAAGUCUUUAUCUAGACACUUGUAUUUUAAGAUGUGAUGUUUGAAAAGGGUAUUUGGCAGACUAAUUCAGUUCUGUAGCAAUGUUCUUUGUUUUCCGCUGUGCACAUAAAAAGCCACCUGGCUUAUGAACUUCUGCAGUAGAAUUAGUGUCAAAUUACCCUUUAAUUUCAAAGUAGCAAUCAAACUUAGAAGAAAUAAAAUUGAUUUAACUAAUAAUGCUCUUCUGUACUGUAAUUAGCAUUUUCUGAAUCAUUGGAGGCUGGAAACUUUUUUCUUCUGUGAAUUUUCUUUCUAGUGUGUAUUUUUUUAAUAAGUAUUCAAGUUCAAUAGAUCUAUUUUGUGAUUAAAAAGAAAGACUACUUGUAUUUAAAAAUUCUGUUUAAAAGCUUGAAUAUUUUAUUUGAAGGCCAUCUUCAAGUAGAGCAGGCCUAAAAUUAAAAAUGCUUUAAAGCAUUAUUUAGUUCUGGAGAGAGAUGUCAUUCACGCUGCAAAAUGGGUUGGGAAAACUCUGGAGAAUUCUAAAGACUAUAAAGCAGUGUUUUGCAACACUGUAUGCAAGCUAUAACAAUGUCUCUCUAGGAGGUGGUUAUAACCCUGAGGAGAGAUUUUUAAAUCUGGAUGUUUUAUGUAUAUACAACUAACAAUGAAUCUGUAUUUUUUUUUCAGAGUUGAUGCUUAUGGGAAGUUUUAUAGGCAGCGAGUUAUUGGACUUUUCAUGCUGUAGCUUAUUUAAUUACUGAUGAAAACUUCACCUUUCCAGCCUUGUUCCUCAACACCUUUCAAGCUGAGCUAUUUUAAAAUCCUUUUUUUUUUUUUUUUUUUUUUCCCUACGUUGCCACCUCACAACUGGAGAAACUUUCUCAUUCUUAUUUCCUGUGAGGUGAAGUUCCUAAUCAUUUGUGAGCUUCACAGUAUAGCCUUACAAAGGUGAGAAAAGGUUAUAAAUUCCCAACCUGGGAUGUCUUUAAAGCGUUUUUCCUUCUAAAAUGCAGAGCAGGUCACCCCUAAGGAUCAAGGUCUAUCAAUAUGGCCAAGUUAUCAAGUUACUAGGAAAUUUGAAAGAUCAUGACAGGAAGCUGAAGACUAUUAUAAUUUAGGCAAAUAUUUGACUUGUUCAAUUUUUGGCAAAUUGAGGUCUUGUGGUUAAAAUGUAAUUCCAGUAAGGAAGGUUAUUUUGAUUGGUGGUAUUCUGGAAUUUGGUGGAUAUUUAGAUUCUACUAAAUCUAUAACAAAUUUGCUUCACUAAAAAUCAUGUCCUUUUAAUUCCCACUCUGCAAAGUCAUCCUAAGCUCUGAAAAUCAGUUUAUUUCCUUUUCUGUGCACUACAAAUAGCUACAAUGUUCUACAGGGAAAAUCUCAUUCUGUUGCAAUCUAUCUGAUAAUAGUAUAUUAAGAGGAAUCAUUUUAUCUUAACUGGCAGGCCUCAGACUUCAGUGGGCUAAGUGGGGAAGCUGAUCUUUCUCAUAAGUUCCUGGCAUAGUCAGCAGAGAGACAAGCCUGCCAGAAGGUGAUGUGGCAUGCUUGAUUAACUUAGUCUGGGGAAUUAAUCUUGUAGAUGAUAAAGAAUCCUUAAGGAGUUGGGCCCUGAAAGCUACAUGAGUUGAAUACCUUCUUAAGUUAUCAAGGCAUGAUAAUAGAUGAAGUACCUUCUUUCUUUUAAUCAGCUCAUGACUUGUAUGGAAUCGUAAUAUGUAUGAAGCUAUGCAAGGCCACUUUUUUUUUUCUUCCAGAUUCAACUUUGUUUUAGAGUUAUUGUCCAACUGUAGAUAUUGUUGCCACUCUUGCUGUCCAUGGCCCUGCAUGCUUUAUAAGGUCAAAGUGAAGAGAUCAUUGGUUCAUAAUUUCAUAUCACCUCACUUCACCAUCCUUCCAGGCUGUCUUUUCUUCUGUGUGCCUAUGAUUAUGAACUGGCCAGUAAAUGUUAUUCUGUAGGCACUGUCGUGUACUGUUGGAGCCUGAACUUACAGUAUUUCGAUCACUUUGGAGGGACGAUGAAUACAUACCAUGUGUACAGUACAUUUAAAAGGAGUUGAAUCUUCAACAUCUUCAGCAGCCUGGAAAACUGAUUUAUAGUAUUUUCUAUGGAGAGUAAAUGCAGUCAGUGUUUUGUUCUGUAUGGUUUAAAUAGCAGAUGCGUCUGACAGCUCUUCUGCAUUCUGACUUAGAUUUUUAUGCAUUAAACUUUCAAUUAGUAUAUGCUGCGGCCUAAGCUGAUAAUGUGUUGCUUUGAAAACUGUCUCCUCAAAAGUCUGAGAUAAGCCUGAGCUAUGAAGAAUAGGGAUCCACAAGUUUGGGGAUCCAAGAUUCUAGUGGAGGUUUCAGUUAAGGUCAUCUGUAUCAAAAAGACUGUUGUAUCAUGUUUAGUUUAUAAAAGCACAGCCAGGUUUCUUUCAGCAGUGCUGUUGAUGUGAGCUGCAACUACAUCCUAAGCAAAACUAACUGGAAGUGCUGUGCUGUGUUGCUCCUUGUUUACAGGAGGGGUGGCCAACGUGUGACACUUGAGCCAUGUGCCACCCCAGCAGUUCUCUCGCUAAGGUUACAGCUGUGCCCUUCCUGGUUUUGGGGAGAAGAAAGCUUGCACCUUGCAUGUAUCUGUAGCAGGGAACAGCUGCUGUGGAGCUGUUAGCACCCCUGCCUCUGACCAGCUGCUACUUCUUGGCACUUGGCUGUAUGCAGUACAGGCGCUCUGAUCUUGAGCACAGGAAGAUUUUAAUUUGUGGCUCAUGCAGUCAAAGGUCGGGUGCUCUGGGAUUACGGAAGUCUGUAUUUUUUUCAAGUAAUUCCUGAUCAGCUUUUUCAGUUGUGUUUAAUGUGAGUUCUUUUUAUGUAAAAUGGAAAAUAUGUAUUUUUAAUAAAUCCUGUUCUCAUACA